ACUCGGAACUAUUUAAAUACAGGCAAAUUUUUCUCUCUUUUGAUACGAUGAAAAAAAAAAUCAAUUGUGAGGCGCUCCACAUAAACAGUCACUAUCACAUGAUUUAUAUUCUCCCCUAAUGCGUGUAUAACACGCAUGUUAUACGCGUUUGUAUAUGCGUGGCUGCGAAUAUUAGUAUUCUGACGUCUCGUACGAACCACCAGUCUGAUAGUGACUGCUGAGGAGAGAGCAAGCGGAAUUCGUGGUUCCGGACAGCACGUUUUAUCUUUGAUAUCUUUGCGCGCGUCUGCAUCACCUCACAAGAUCUAGGUCAACACUAGAUUUCAAUAUGUUCGCUGUCCUGCUCGGCAUUCUGCCGAUCCUCUGGGCCGAAAGGAUUGAAGCAAGCAGCGUGCUGGUCGCCGACACUACUAUGUCCAGGAUGGUGGAGCUGAAUGCCGAUGCACCUUUCUGCGCUCUUUACAACGACCGCGGGGUAAUCCAGAGGAUGGUUCUCGGCGCGGAUCCCAGAAAAGUUCGACAAAUCUCCAGCAAUCUCGUCGCCGACCUGGAAGAGACCUGCAAGGCUUCGCGAAAUAAGGGAAAGAAUCAAGCGCCCGGCAGUGGUUUAAUAUAUCCGGGUACCAAGUGGUGUGGACCAGGCAACGUGGCCAAUGCCUACGACAAUUUGGGCCAACAUUCGGCCGAGGAUGCUUGCUGCAGGGAACACGACCACUGCCCAUACACGAUAGCGCCGCAACAAUGCAUACACGACCCAGGAGGUGGGGAAAAUAGAGGAACGUUAAUAUGCGCCGGCUGUCUCAACGCUAUCGAAGAUGAAUUUAUACAGGCGUUGAAUCAAGAAUGGCAUAUUGAUUGCUUUCGUUGUUCGGCGUGUGACAUCGGCCUAUCCUCCUGGUACUUCGAGAAAGAUGGCUUGCUAUUUUGUAAGGACGAUUAUUGGGCCGCUUACGGCGAGGCGUGUCAGGACUGUGGCCAUAUCAUCACAGGCCCCGUCAUGCUGGCGGGCGAUCACAAAUUUCAUCCGGAAUGUUUUGCCUGUACCUCGUGCGGUGCUUUCAUCGGAGACGGCGAGAGUUACGCGCUUGUCGAACGGUCCAAGUUGUACUGCGGGGUUUGUUACAAGCGGCAGAUGCAGCCGCUCAACAGGGCGGCGAAUUACCCUUUCGCCAGAAAACCACACAGCAUUAGGUUGGUCGAGAUACCUCCCAGCACGACAGACCCGGAUAAGCAAAGAGGAAUUAAGCUCACGCUAGACACAGCUCCCAGUCCCCGCAGUUGUGGUGCUUUAUUGCGCAUUUCAGAGUUAAUGAGAAAUAUUCGUGGAAAGAUCAGUAAGCUGCUAGCCUCUGUGAUGGAGGUUCUAUUUAGGCUAUGCUGCCACUUCUCUAAUCAUAGAUUGAAUAUGUCGAGUGAUCUUAUAUCAUUACACAUUGGCGAUCGAAUCUUGGAAGUAAAUGGUACCCCCGUUAAAGACCAGCCGGUGGAAAGUAUCGAAAAUCUUAUACAAUACUCGGACACAGUUUUACAAUUGACUAUCGAGCACGAUCCAGAUGCGGUAUCACGACGGCCCACGUUCUCCUCACCGUCCUCGGCGAUGCUGACAUGUGUCGGCAGCCCCAGGACAAGUCCAGAGAGCAAAGAGCGAUUAUUUAAACGCCGGGACGAGGGUUACAUCAGCGGUGCGAGGAGCCGACAAUUACGAAGAACGAGAGAUCCUAUGCAUAAAGAACGCAGCAGUUCUAUGUCGCGAUUGCUUGACGGAUCUUCUCCAACGAAUCCUACUUACGAUUUAAGCCGCACCAGAUCCUUCCGUGUAGAGCCAAAGAAUCAAAGAAUAUUUCGAGCGAGCGAUCUGGUGAAGGGUGAACUUCUGGGCAAAGGAUUCUUUGGACAAGUAUUCAAAGUCACGCAUCGUGAUACGAACGAGGUGAUGGUUCUCAAGGAAUUGUAUAGAGUGGACGAGGACGCACAAAAGAACUUCCUAAAAGAGGUUGCGGUACUGCGGUCAUUACACCAUAACAACGUUCUUCGAUUUAUCGGUGUUCUUUAUAAGGACAAGAAGCUGCAUUUGGUUACCGAAUACAUAGCAGGUGGUACGUUAAGGGCCCUGCUUCACGACACGAACGAACCAUUGCCGUGGGAACAGCGUACGUCUUUCGCGAAAGACAUCGCUGCCGGCAUGGCUUACUUGCAUUCUAUGAACAUCAUUCAUCGCGACUUGAAUUCGCACAAUUGUCUCGUUCGCGAGGAUAAGACUGUUGUCGUCGCUGAUUUUGGUCUGGCGAGGAUCAUUCAGAACGGCAGCUCGCCGGAUAAUCGCAAGUGCAAUCGACAUUCCGACGGAGAGGUGAAGACUUCGAAGAAGGAACGGAAGAAACGAUAUACAGUUGUCGGAAAUCCCUACUGGAUGGCCCCCGAGAUGAUGAAAGGCAACAAAUACGACGAGAAAGUAGACAUAUUUAGCUUCGGCAUUGUUGUCUGCGAGAUCAUAGGUCGAGUUCAGGCAGAUCCUGAUUAUUUACCGAGAUCCUCGGAUUUUGGUUUGAAUCAAAAUGUCUUUAAGGAAAAAUUCUGUUCUAAUUGCCCGGAGACCUUUUACACAAUCGCGUUUCUUUGUUGCGACCUGAAUCCCGAUAAGAGGCCACCCUUCGAAGUUAUGGAGGUCUGGCUAGAAGGAUUGGCGAUGCAUUUGUCGGUAGGUGCCGAAUUGCCAGCAGAUCUGGACUUCGACAUCAAGAAUUACAAAGGACCGAGCCCGAGCAGCAGCGAAUCCACGACUCCGGAAACUCUGGCACCGCAAUUAAAACCCAUCAAGGAAGGUCAGGUGCACCAAGAGAAAAAGCGAUCCAAUUGCUGCAACGAUAGUACUCUAGAACGCGAGAUAGAACCUUUGUCAAGUAACACGCUUCACGUGUCUGAAGUUGUGAGUCCGCGCAACAGAUAUACGAGGCAGAAGAGCAACGACAGCUCGGGCAAUGUAGGACACUACUCGAGGCAAAAUUCCAAAUCAAAAGACUUUAUAUCCGACAAGGAGAAGCCUGACAUCGUGAUCUCACCCGAUUCCAGCGGUUUCAGUGGACGAUAUCUGAGGAAUAAUAAUAUCAAGUCGAAAGAUGUGUCUCCUGACAUUCCAAAUACAUACGCUUACUCGAAGCAGGAAACGUAUCCGAGGCAGAUCGACGCGAAUGAGCACAAUCUGAUCCGAGCACCCACUGUAGAGAAAAUAAAGUACGUAGGAAGCGCGAGUCCGUGUGUAGUAUCCGACGCUUCGGAAUAUAUAAUCGAUAGCAAAGGCUCGUACAAGAUCAACAGCCUGAAACACAAAUCAGCGGAGAAGUGUAAUGAUACAAGUCAUAAGACAAAGUCGGAGAGCAAAUUUAAGAUACCGGACGCCGCGGGCUCCGUCGGUUCUUAUCUGAAGCAAAUCGGCAAAUCUCUCGGUGCUGUUGAGAAGGAAAAUAAAGCGAUUAAUAAUGCGGCAAAUUGCGGUGAUAUGGAUCCGAAGAGAGUAGUCGGUGAAAACACGAAACCCUCUACUGGAUCGUAUCUGCGAAGGACGAAAAUAUCGCCGACCAAGGAGACAACGAAGAACGCGUUUUCCAAUAAAGAGACUGUCAAAGACAAAGUCAAAGACAAAGUCGAUGGCGUCUCGCUUCUGCAGAAAUCCGUAGAAUCGAAGGUCCCACCGAGCCAAGAGAACGUCGUGGGAAACGAGAAGGACGUUAAAGAUAGACUGUCCAGACAGGAGAGCAACGUAUCCGAUGUCGGCAGUAUUUUGUCGAGACAGGGAAGCCUAACAGUAUUAGAUUGCACGUCUAAAUACAAAGAUUACUCGCCGUUCAAUACCUACACAAAAGAUGACUUUCGCGAGGAUCAUUCCUUUGGAAAGCAAAAAGGCUUGUAUCAUACAGACAGUCUUUAUUCCAACUCCAGCAUUUCGAAGCAAGACGAACUCUUCAGUAUACAUAACAAACAAAAUAGUAGUGACGAGGUUGUUGGAACCAGAUCGAUCGGCAACGGUUCGAAAAGCCCGAUGAUGACUUCGUCUAUUUAUGGCAGCGAUUUGAAGGCGACGCCGAACAGUCUGGCCGAGUACAAUGGAUGCUACAAGGGUAUCAAUAUCUGCAGGCAGGACAGUUUCGGCACCGACAGCGCACUCGGCACUAUGAAGAGCGACUUCUUCGCGGACGUCGAUUUCGCGCAGAUGCGGGAUGGUCGGCACACGCCGGACUUGUGCCAUACACCUGAAAGAUGCUGCACGCCUAAUCGUCCGACGUCACCGUUAGAAAGCACUGCUUUAUAAAUCAAAAUGCGCGCACGGCGGUAAGAGAAUAACAGUUUAUGUCGAGAUAACGUGCGUAAUCCCCCCCGACAAUGAAUGAAUCUCAUUUGCUACUAAUUUGAUCUCUUUAUUCAUAAUUCAUAAACUUUAUUCAGUAAGGUCCGGACACAUGUAUAACGUGCUUAGUUUGCAGUAUUAACUUUUUAGCCAGAAUUUACUUCGUCCAUUAUCUUUAGUGCAUUAAGCGAGGAAAGAAUGAAUUCGUAUGUUGACUUUAAUGAGCGCAAUAUUUUGUGAGUACAAUAUUUGUUUCGAAAAAUUUCCUGAAAAGGAACGAUAUUUUUUAUGUUGUUGAAAUCGAAUUAAAAUUUUUUUAAAUUGAUUAUAUGUGCAAAUGUGCAAGGCUGACGCAGAACCUCGGACUGGAGACGUUUCCGUUAAAUAUAAAAAUCAAAAUGUUGUCUUGCUGAAGAAAGUAAUGAUAACGCGACACUCAGUAUUAACGAAUUUUAUUUGCUGAUUUGUACGAAUUUUUAGGUCGUAAUAACGUUAAUUAGCCGUAAGGAUUCUAUUACAUUCCUAGGAGAUCUUGCCACGCGGUUUUCGAACGUGGGAGCUUAGGCGAUGGAAACGCGGCUCCCCGACAAAAGCCAUUCCAUCCAAAAUACUUAUAAAGCCGGGAUUUUGAUAAGUACGAUAUUACUAGUGUGCUCGAAAAAAAGCGGCACUGUGAAUACGUCGAUUUUGCAAACUACAAAUCACACACGACUACAGAAUCAAAAGUCGUCAAAAGUACGAAGUACGAAGUAGAAUUUUAAACAUUUUGACUUUGUAAGUUGGUGCAAAAUACGUUGCCCCUGAGACUACACGAUCAUGUACGUUUCCCUUAAAAAUUGCGAACACAUCAUGUAGACUCAAUUCUUGUAGAAUAGAGAAUGUAAAAAUGGUGUUAUAUUGUUUCAGGGCAUACAGAUGUACAUCACAGUGUAAGAUAUUGUAUACGUUUGUAAUACUGCUGUAUAUGUACAGAUCAUUGAUAUAUUAUAUAUGUAUGUAUACAUACGUGCAUAUAAAUAUAUACAUAUACAUGCGACGUUUAUAUCUUCGUUACGUCGGCGUGACUGUUUUUCGGCAUAUAUACUCCGAUAAGAAGAGAUUAUGUGUAUAUUAAAAUUGUGAAUUAUAUUUAUGUAUUUCUCUUUUCUAUAUAUAUUUCUAUUGACGUUAUUGCGCUUCUUUUUUAACGAGGAUAUAAACGAUGGCAGAGUAGUAAAUAUCGCGUGUAUAAAAAGAACAAAUAAUUUGUAUAUAAGUUUGUAUAUAUUCAAAUAUUUGUAAUUUUCAGAACACACAUCGAUCGAGAUAUUUGAGUAACAAUAAGUUUUAUACUUGCGACAUAAGUAUGCGACUAGCUUUUCCUUCUUAUAUUCUCUCUAUUCCGAGAAAUACGAUAUAUUGCCGUUCUUUUUUUUUCUUUUUUUAUAAAUCGCAUGUCGACCAUAAUUUAAGACGUUUAGACGAAAUUACGUGCUUAUAUGCAGCUCCAAGCAACCAUUUUAAUACUUAUAAUUUCGUCACACGUUUUUUUAUCCCAUUAGCAACUCAGAUCAUUUCACGUUAGAUGGAAGUUGCAUGCCAAGUAAUAUGACCAUUUUUCUUUAGCAGAAAAUAAGUUUCUCUCAGAUGCAAUUAUACGUUGAUUAAUAUAUUGUUUUGAAAAUAAACGUUUAUUACUUA